AAAACCCUGCAACCAAAACCAAAAAAAAAAAAAUUUUAAAAAUGCAUUCAACGGUAGGACAAGAAUGAAACAACUCCUCAUCCUCGGCUCCUCCACUGUUACUCCUCCGACAAACCCCUCCUCCACUCCUCACCACCACCACCACUCUCCGAAACCCAAACCCAAAACCCCAUCACUCCACGCUCCCUCCAAACCAAUCCCUGCCGUCCAUUCCCGCUCUCCUCCUCUCCUCUCCACCAUCCCAUUUCGCCAAAACCAUAACUCCUCCUCCCUCCUCGAUUACCAUGCCAACCUUGCUUCAAAGCUAGCCGAGGAUGGCCGCCUCCAAGACUUUGUGAUGAUUGCAGAGUCAGUGAUUGCUUCAGGUGUCGAGCCUUCAAGUUUUGUUGCUGCAUUAAGUGUGGGUCCUGUGGCAAAGGGUAUUUCAAAGAAUCUUCAACAAGGAAAUGUAGACUGUGUUGUUCGGUUUUUGAAAAAAAUUGAGGAACUGGGAGUUUCCACUUUGAAGUUUCUUGAUGGGGUUGCUAUUGAUUUGCUUAAAAAAGAGUGUAUCAGGAUUGUGAAUUGUGGUGAUGUGGAGCAAGUUGUAUACAUAAUGGAGACUCUUGCAGGGUUUUGCUUCUCCUUCAAAGAACUCGUGGACCCGUCUUACAUCAUAAAAAUCUGUGUUGACAAGCUUAAUCCAAAGAUGGCUGUGCGGUAUGCAGCUAUAUUUCCAGGUGAAGGACGCAUAUUAUUUUGCAACAUUAUAAGUGAAUUUGGAAGAAAAGGGCACCUGGAUUCUGCUUUGGUUGCCUAUGAUGAAGCUAAGCAUAAAUUGAGUGUUCCUAACAUGUAUUUACAUCGUACUAUAAUUGACGUCUGUGGUCUUUGUGGUGACUACAUGAAAUCUAGGUAUAUUUAUGAGGACUUGAUCAAUCGGAAGGUCAUCCCAAAUGUUUAUGUUUUCAACAGUCUCAUGAAUGUCAAUGCCCAUGAUUUGGGCUACACAUUCAGUGUAUUCAAGAAUAUGCAAAAUCUUGGUGUCACAGCAGAUGUGGCAUCUUAUAACAUCCUGUUGAAGGCAUGCUGUAUUGCUGGAAGAGUGGACUUAGCCAAAGACAUUUAUAGGGAAGUAAAGCAGUUGGAAUCAGCAGAAGUGUUGAGGUUGGAUGUCUUUACAUACUGCAUGAUCGUAAAGAUCUUCGCAGAUGCAAAAAUGUGGCAGAUGGCACUUAAAAUUAAAGAAGAUAUGCUAUCAUCCGGAGUCACCCCUAACAUGCAUAUAUGGUCAUCGUUGAUCAGUGCAUGCGCCAAUGCAGGUCUUGUAGAGCAGGCAAUUCAGUUAUUUGAAGAGAUGCUCCUAUCUGGAUGCAAGCCAAAUUCUCAGUGUUGCAACAUCCUUUUACAUGCAUGUGUUCAGGCUUGUCAAUAUGACAGAGCUUUUCGUCUUUUCCAGUGCUGGAAGGGAAGUGAAGCCCAGGAGGUUUUUCAUGGAGAUCACAGUGGCAAUGCAGAUGAGAUUGAGCAUGCACAGAAACACUGCCCUAACAUGACGAACAUUGUUCCAAAUUCACAUCAUUUGAACUUUAUUAAGAAAUUUCCCUUCACUCCCACUCCCGCAACAUAUCAUAUGUUAAUGAAAGCAUGUGGUAGUGAUUACCACCGUGCAAAAGCCUUAAUGGAUGAGAUGAAGACAGUAGGAAUUUCACCUAAUCAUAUAAGCUGGUCAAUCUUGAUUGACAUAUGUGGAGUCUCAGGCAAUGUAUCUGGUGCUGUACAGAUUUUGAAGAACAUGCGUAUGGCUGGAGUUCAACCUGAUGUUGUUGCAUAUACAACAGCUAUCAAGGUUUGUGUAGAAACUAAAAAUUUGAAGCUGGCAUUUUCGUUAUUUGCAGAAAUGAAAAGAUGUCAGAUAAAUCCUAAUUUGGUGACAUAUAAUACACUUCUAAGAGCUCGCACUAGAUAUGGUUCCUUGCGAGAAGUACAACAAUGCCUCGCUAUAUACCAGGAUAUGAGGAAAGCAGGGUAUAAAUCAAAUGACUACUAUCUCAAACAGCUAAUUGAAGAAUGGUGUGAAGGGGCAAUACAAGAUAAUAAUCAGAUCCAGGGUGGGUUUGCUUCUUGUAAAAGAACUGACUUGAGAAGGCCUCAUAGUCUACUUCUUGAGAAAGUUGCAGCACACUUGCAGAACAAUAUUGCUGAAAACCUAGCAAUUGACCUCCAGGGCCUGACAAAGGUUGAAGCUCGGAUUGUAGUUCUUGCAGUUCUUCGAAUGAUCAAAGAGAACUAUACUUUAGGUUAUUCAGUAAAAGAAGACAUGUGGAUCACCUUGGAUGUCAGUAAAGUAGAUCCGGCAUCUAAACGAGAUUCAGAGGUGAAAAAUGCAAUAAUUGAACUUCUGCGGAAUGAGUUAGGGCUUGAGGUUCUGGUUGCAGUCCCAGGACAUUUGGAUGCCAUAAAGACAGAUUCGAAAAGCUCUCUAGAUCCAGGUCCGGACUUGGUAGUGAGGUUAGCAAGGAACAAGAAAAUGGCAUAUUCCACAAGGCGCCCCAUAGUAGUUACACAGAGGUUGAAGGUUAGACGGAAAUCACUGCAUGAAUGGCUGCAGAGAAGGGUAGGUGCCAUCAGAAGGUGAUUGUUCUUUAUGUACGUACAAAUGACAAAUUUUGUAUAUAACCAAAUUUUUUUCUUUUUUCUUCUUCUAAUAACGCAGAACAAGUCAAUGCAUUUGAACACUGACUUGUGAUGCCAUUUUCCAGUUGUACCAUGGAAUACACUAUAAAAUAUCGGAUAAAAGAUUCUGUGAUUUCUGCUA